ACAAUUGAGUGAUGCUGGAGAGGGCGUGUUGUCAUAGAUGAUAAGAUGAGUUUUGAGUAUGUGAUUGUUUACAUCAGCGUGGAGGAGGAUGUCGUAUGACAUUAUUGUAUUGUGCAAUUGACACGCAUAGAAAAAUAUUCGUACAAAUAAUACGAAAAAUUCAGAAUGCUCGACGGCGUGAAACACAUUAUACUUGUGUUGUCGGGAAAGGGGGGCGUGGGAAAGUCAACAAUAAGUACUCAACUUGCUUAUGCUUUCAGAGACAGCGGUUAUAAGGUUGGUCUCCUUGAUAUUGACUUAUGUGGACCAAGUAUUCCGUACCUUCUGCAUUUGCAGGGUAAAGAUGUCCAUCAGUGCCCUCAAGGGUGGGUUCCUGUGUAUGCCGACAAAGAGAAGCAACUGGCAGUUAUGUCAAUAGGAUUCCUUUUAAAAAAUGACAAUGAUAGCAUUGUAUGGAGAGGACCAAAGAAAACAGCAAUGAUAAAACAGUUCCUGACUGAUGUAUUUUGGGAGGACAUAGAUUAUUUAAUAAUUGACACUCCACCUGGAACUUCAGAUGAACACAUAACUGUCAUGGAAAACCUGAGGACUUUGAACUGUGAUGGUGCUAUAUUAGUUACAACUCCGCAAGCUUUGGCUGUUGAGGAUGUGACAAAAGAACUAACAUUCUGCCGCAAAACUGGCAUUCCAGUUGUUGGUGUGAUUGAAAAUAUGAGUGGUUAUGUGUGUCCAAGCUGUGCAGAAUGUACCAAUAUAUUUUCUUCUGGUGGUGGAAAAUCACUGGCUGAUUUGGCUAAAGUUCCAUUCCUUGGAUGUGUGCCAAUUGAUCCUAGAAUUGGCAAGUGUGCUGACAGCGGUGAAAGCUAUGCAGCACUCGCCCCUGAGUCACCUGUUACAGCAGUGCUGAAGUCCAUAGUUCAGCGUGUAACAGUUACUUCUGACGUCCAAUCAACAGAGAAGACCUAAAUGUACUUUUAAUAGUAAUAAGUCAGUUUACACAAUAAGCUCUGUUGGGAUACAGUAAGCUAUGUUCGAAUAAAUUAUAAAACUAAUGCCUCCUUUUUUAUGUAAGAAUUGUGUGAGAAGUUUUUGUAGAAUUUUUUUAUGUGGGACUUGUGAAGCAUAUUGACUAAGUUGUUCAUUGUUGCAAAACAUGACUGUAUAUGAAAACCUAUUGAAAUAAUUGUGUAUUUCUGUUUUUUACUUUCAAAAGUUUAUUUUCUUUACCUCUCAUGAGAUAUUUACAUAAGCAUUAAAAUUUGAAUCUUAAUAGUUUUAUAUGUAGUGAUGUAUUAUCUGAAGUACUGUACAUUACUGAAAUUAAUGUGUUGGGAAAUAAUAAAUUCAAUGUCUGUGUAAAAA